AUGAGGUCGUGUAACCGUGGAGCGCAGAUGCUCAUCACUACGGCCGGAGCUUUCACCGCUUUCAGCCUCAUGACCAUCGCAGUAGGAACGGACUACUGGCUUUACGCUCCCGGGGUGUGUCGCACCGAGAGCACGGGCGAGAACGAGACCAGCCAGAAGAACGAAGAGGUUCUCACACAUUCGGGGCUCUGGCGUCAGUGCUGCAUGGAAGGUCUAUUCACAGGUGUCUGUAAACACAUCGAUCAUUUUCCAGAAGAUGCUGAAUAUGAACAAGAUGCAGCAGAGUACUUGCUCCGAGCAGUACGUGCCUCCAGUCUUUUCCCUAUUAUGAGUGUUGGGCUGUUGUUCGUUGGUGGCGUGUGUGUCGCUGCCAGCGAGUUUUACAAAAACCGCCACAACGUCAUCCUGAGUGCAGGAAUAUUCUUCGUCUCCGCUGGUCUCAGUAACAUCAUCGGGAUCAUCGUGUACAUCUCGGCGAACUCCGGAGACCCGAACCAGAGCGAGUCUAAGCGGAGUCACUGGUACGGCUGGAGCUUCUACUGCGGCGCGCUCUCCUUCAUCAUGGCGGAGACGGUGGGCGCGCUCACGGUGCACCUGUUCAUCGACGCGCACCGCACGCGCAGCUUCCGCCGCGCGCCCCGGACCCGCGCGCACGCGCCCCUGCAGCGCCGCCGCUCCUCCAGCUUUCGCUCGCGCUACCGCGGCCGCGCGCACGUGCCGGCUCUCCCGCGCUCCCCGGCCGCUCCCGGCCGCGCGAGCACCGACGACGGCGACGGCGGGGUCGCGCUCCGCUCGCUCCGUUACGCGCCGGCCACGCCCCCCGCGCUCGCGCACGCGCACUACAUCAAAGCGGAGAACGGACUCGCCUUCCACGCGCACAGCCGCGAGCUGCGUCACGAGCAGAACCCCUGCGCGCUCCCGUCUCCGCGCGGCAACAGCGCCGCCACGCGCAGAACCACACCGGUGUGACACUGCUCGCGCUCGCCACGCGCU